AUGAAAACGCUGUCUGCAAAGUCGCAAUAUAUCGUGGAUGUUGGAGACUGUGAAACAAGUCCGCUCUUAGGGCGCAAAAAAGCCGAAAGGCCCGAAACUGAAACCGAGGCCGACAGACCAUCGCCUAAACUGUGCCGUUCCAUUUUAACCUUUCUGAAUCUGGGCAUGCAAACGACUGCUAUAAAUGCCACUUUUGCUGGUUUAAUUGCAGUCCUUAUUUGGUGGCUCAACUUGAAUUUAAGCUCAUACUGCUUUGGUAAAUCAUGGGAUGAUAUUCCAAUGGCAUUUCAGCGAAUGCGUUUAACCACUGAGGUUGUUGAGGCGUUUUUCAUCCAGUUCUGGUCGUUAUCUUGCCUGGCCCCGCAGAUAUCAUGGUCAGCCACCAAAAAGAUGACCAUACCAUACUGGAAUGUAAUCGCAGCAAGUGUCGAUGUCAUUUUCAGGCUUUUCUUUUUCGCAUACGGCAUUUAUGGUCAAGGAUGGCAAACGAUAGUUGGCAACAUAAUAUUUUUUGGUAUUAUUUUUCUAAAUCAUUCUAAAGUUGCAAUGCAAUACUUGAAGAAUCCAAAAAGCAAGCUGGAUGUAUUUCUGAUGUCUUCAAAACUCAGUACACAGUUUAUUACAGGAAUAGUACUGUCACUGCUGUUUAAUCAUAUUUUCCUUACAAUGUAUCACAAAACGAGCGAAUCAAUUAAGACAUUUAUGUGCUCUCUUUUGCCAGUCAUCUUCGCCAUCCCCAAAUUCAUUACAAACAUAAUAAUUGGUAACUUGGCCAAAUAUAAAUGCUUUGAAAACGGAACGAUGCUAGUUAUUAGCCUUCAGGUUUCAACAACAUUAGUUGCCCGAAUGGUACAAGCAAGUAACGAAAACUUCGUUGGGUUUGUAGCCAUCAGUAUUGUCCAUGGUAUUCUCAACGUAUUUGAUAAACUUGCCUUGCCUAUUCGCAACAAGAUUACAAAAUUUGUCCUCAAGCGAGAAACUACAAGUUCUCCAGUGUUUCUCGCUGAUCAGACCCUGAUAGGCAUGGUGACUGAAACAUCUGCCGUAAUACUGAGUUGCUCAUCUGUAUACAUAACAAUGUAUUAUUACAUGCGAGAUGAAACCAGCGGUCAAAGAUACAAUGGGUACGAGCUAUUCUACCAGGCGUUGACGAGAAUAGGUGUGGCAGCUUCGAUUGACUUUUUUUUCAAUACUAUUGCCGUUAAGAUUCAAGCCGAUCUGUAUCAUAUACCCAUAAUGCAAGAGUGGAAGCUGCACUGGAAAUUCAUUGUUAUCACUCAUAUGGUACAAAUCAUAAUUUCAAUGAUUUAUUUUUCGGGUCAUAUUGAUCAGGUUACGAUGCCAGUUCGUCUUAAAGCACUUAACAAUUCUUGCAUUACACCAUUUUCAAGGUUGUAA